UGCUUAAAAACUGCUGUUUAGUCGAACCUCGAAAAUGAAUUAAGUACAUGUAUUUAUAAUUUUGAUAACCGUCUCCAGAAAUUUCAUUUGCACAAUUUAUGCACUUACUCGAAUGGAAUGUACUUGGAACAGUUAUAAGACUGAGAAUCGUAAGUAGUAUUAGUCACAUUCGGUACCAAAUUUUAGUUGAAGUAAAAACGUGUAGACACGAAGUAGCUUAAUUUGCGUCACUAUCAUGAAAUCUAUGUCGGUUGUUUUGGUGUUCUCUAUUUCGUUAGCUUGUGCUCGAGCUGAUCCAGCAAUAACAUCCCUAGAAGCAAUCAAAAAAUGCGGGGGCUGGAAUUUGGGAUUAACACCUUUAAAUGAAGUUUGGAAUUUCAUUGCAUAUGGUGAAGACGUUAAACUCAGCCGCGAACAAAAAUGCGUUUUACACUGCCACAUGCAGGAAGCUGACUUUUUCAAUGAUAACGGUUACCUUCGUAACGGUUCAGCAUAUGUCAAAGCACUUAUCCAUGACAUCCCAUCACUCGGAAAAUACAGUGAUGUAUUGAUGGCUCAAAUAUUCCAAGUCGCCAGAACAGCCAGAAGUAUUGAAGACAAAUGCGAAAGAGCUUUUGUAGUUUAUCAACAAAUCUCCUGGACUAUUACGACGUUACGAAUAGCUAGAGGGAUUGAGAAAGUUACCCAUACCAAAGAUACUUGUAUAAGUGUGAACACAGUAGAGGGUGGACAAAGCGACGAUCAAGAAACUUCUAAGAAACUUGAACAAUACUUCGAAUUUUUUGACGCUUUGAUCAACGACGAAGCGACAUGGGAGAGCAUGAAGGGUAAUGCCACCACCAGACCAUUUUGCAAGGUAGCAGAAUCUAUGAAAAUUUUGGAGCCAAAACGCAGCAGUAUAUCGCACAGAUCCUCGACCAUAAAAUGUUGAGUUGACUGACUUAUAAAUUGAAAGUUGGUUCCGAAAUACAUUCACUAGAAUUUAAAAACUUUAAACCUAUUAAUAAAGCCUGACUUUUAUGAAAUUAGAAAACAAAUUAGUGAAUAUGACACCUUUACCUAUACCUACCUAAUCAUAUCAAACUUUCAAAAAUGACGUUCUGAUUCUCAGAUCAUUUUUUUUUAAAUAAAAAAAUUAUUGAGUUGA